AUGUUAUCGGAGUGUGGAAUGCAAACUGACACUGUGGACCAGACUCAAGCGCACACGCAGACACCUGAUCCACCACCAUAUAGGAAACCAGCAUGCGGAAACAAACCAACUAAUGGAAGCUCAUCAUAUACUAACAGUCUUAUUCAAUGUUCAAUCGACUUAACCGAUACCAGUGGUCUGGAGAGUGAAGUCGAGUGUCCUGCUGACGAGGUACUGUUGGAGCCUUGUACCGAAGAACCGGCUGCCCUGCCAUUACCGGCAGCAACAAAUAAAAAUAACCCAAACGACCAUAGGAAGAUACUUGUUUUUGGUGACGAGUAA